AUGUCUCAAAAUUCUCGAAACAAGAACUUGUUACUGUCAACUCCGUAUCUAUUUCAACGACAGUUAUCCGAUUUUUUGUGUUUGGAAACCAGACUAAUGCUCCGUAAAUGUUCCAAACGGUGUCAAUCACUCGUCGAUAGCAUGCCUUUGACCUUAGACUUCCUCGCUAUUAAAGCAUCUGACUAUGUGAAUAUCAAAUACUCUGAAUCUAAAAUACACACAGAGGACGAAUAUGUAUCCUCAUACAUUGCUGUCCUUUUCCCUUGUGUCCAAUGUGGAGAUUGGAACAUUAGUUAUAGUGAAAAACUAGGAUCGCUUCUAGCCAUUUUCUUGAAACACUUGAAAUCCCUGAUUUCCUCUCUUCCACACCAAAUCAACGUCCAGCAUUUUUCUCUUGGAGGCAACUUGUUAACACCAGAGGAUUAUUGUGACGUGUUGUCAUGUUUGAAGUCCGAAAAGUUGGAAUCAAUCAGUUUGUUUGGAGAACGUACCGGUGAUUCAUUCGACAAAAUCGCUCAUUUAGAGCAAAUCAAACGAGUGUCAACUAUUGACAUUCGUCAUGCUGUUGAUCGUGUUCCAUUGAAUAUGUUAUCGAACACUCCCAAUUAUCUUAUCAAUGUACGCAACAUUUCGGAGCCCGAGUUCAUUCGAAUUGUAGAGCAACACCUACAACGGGAUAACUUUGAAAUGGGCAGAAUUGCCGUCGGGAAAGAUGAAAUGGAACCUUGGAUAACCGAUUUUCUUGUAAAGAACGCGGCUGUAAAUGAAGACGAUGGAAGCAUGACUGCUACACUCGAAGGACCGAAAUUCAAGAAUACCGUAAACGUUGAUGACGAGUGGAUUGUAUUCAGAAGAAUGAUUUGA